AUGGUUGCUUUCUCUCGCCUUGUUGCCGGCCUCUCGGCCGUCACGGCCUCGCUCGCAGCUCCUGCGGAGGUUGUCGAGAAGAGCGUUGAGGAGCGAGGCCCGCAUAACUUCUUCCUUGGACCUGAUCAUCCUCUUGCUCGUCGUACCGCCAUCAACUACAACCAGGACUAUACCACUGGUGGCACCGUGAACUUCUCGCCGUCAAAAACUGGUUUCAACCUUAACUGGAACACUCAGCAAGACUUUGUUGUGGGUGUAGGCUGGCAACCCGGUACCAAUCUUCCUAUCAACUAUUCAGGCACCUUCAAUGUCUCCAGCGGUCUUGGUAGCCUUUCCGUCUACGGGUGGACCACAAACCCCCUUGUUGAGUAUUAUGUCAUGGAGACCAACAUUGGAAUCUCCACGGGCGGCUCGCAAAAGGGUACGCUCACCAGUGACGGAGGCACCUACGCUAUCUGGGAGAACCAGCGCGUCAAUGAGCCUUCUAUUAUCGGCACGGCGACCUUCAACCAGUACAUCUCUAUCCGACAAUCAGCACGGAGCAGCGGUACUGUAACUAUUCAGAACCACUUCGAUGCCUGGGCCAAGGCUGGCUUGAAUCUUGGCACAAUGAACUUCCAGGUCAUUGCCGUCGAGAGCUGGAGCGGCAGCGGAUCUGCAUCACAGCAAGUCUCCAACGGUGGAACUGGAACUGGAACUCCAACUUCCUCGUCAGGAUCCACCGGUCCCACGGGUCCCUCUGGCAGCUGCUCUGCCCUGUACGGCCAGUGCGGUGGCAUUGGCUGGAACGGCCCUACAUGCUGCUCAUCCGGAUCUUGCAAGGUGUCAAACUCAUACUACUCCCAGUGCCUAUAA